AUGGAUUCAAACUUUGAUUCAAAGCCUCCAGCACGAAGAAAGGUAAAAUAUGCACCAAAAGCUCCACCUAAAAGAGUGCCAAAGAUAGAAGUUAAAAGUGAAAUGGUCGAGGAGGAUAAUAAAGCAUCAGCGGCAGAGGCUAAGGAACUCCUUCGGCGUUUCCAUGAAAAUGAGAGGAAAGCAAGGAUGAAGGUUGAGAAAAAAGUGUCAGCUUCACAAAUUGCUUUUGGUUCUGGAGGCCAAUCAACUUAUCACAAGCCAUAUGGUGUUGGUAGCAAGACCAAUGGCAUUGAAAGUUCAGCAUUCGUUGAUGCAAACGGGAAAGAAUACAAAGAACCAUGGGACCUAUACAGUGAUUAUCCAAUAGCUCUUCCCUUGAGGAAACCAUAUUCCGGCAACCCAGAAUAUCUUGAUAAGGAGGAGUUUGGGGAGGCUGCAGAAUCCAGAACUUAUGAUGAAAACACAGCAAAUUCAGCAGCAGAGCUUGGCCUUUUGGAGGAAAACCCAGAGGCAAGAAUCUUCAUGAAAUUACCACCAGUUUUUCCUAUGAUUAAAAAACCAGAUGCUGAUGUUAAGGUGAACUCUAAACGUCCUGGAGGUCGAAAAAAUGAGGGAAAACUCUUCAAGUUGGAUGAAAUGCCACCUGGUCUAAUUGGCAAAAUGAUUGUGUACAAGAGUGGUAAAGUUAAGCUGAAGAUCGGAAACACCCUUUAUGAUGUUUCAUCGGGUAUGAAUUGUAUAUUUAGUCAAGAGUUGGUUGCAAUGAAUGCUGCUGAAAAGCAUUGUAGCUCAAUUGGGGAGAUCAGCAAGCUUGCUACUGUAACCCCUGAUGUUGAUGCUGCACUUGAUUGUCUUGGUGAUUUAGAUUUAUAA